GGCAGCUGGGACUGCAACUCCCAGAAUGCAGCGCGGAGCUUCCUGUUUCCGGCGAGAGGAUCCGAGUGAGUGUUUACGCCGGCGGCCCUGCGGCCGGGUUCCUUCCGCGGGACGGGGAGAAAGAGAGAGCGCGAAAGAGAGAGGAUGUCUCUCUCAGAUUGGCACCUGGCGGUGAAGCUGGCUGACCAGCCACUUGCCCCCAAAUCUAUUCUUCAGUUGCCAGAGACGGAGCUUGGAGAAUACUCACUGGGAGGCUAUAGUAUUUCAUUUCUGAAGCAGCUUAUUGCUGGUAAACUCCAGGAGUCUGUUCCAGACCCCGAGCUGAUUGAUCUGAUCUACUGUGGCCGGAAGCUAAAAGAUGAUCAGACCCUUGACUUCUAUGGCAUUCAGCCUGGGUCCACAGUCCAUGUUCUGCGUAAAUCCUGGCCUGAACCUGAUCAGAAACCGGAACCCGUGGACAAAGUGGCUGCUCUGAGGGAGUUCCGGGUGCUGCACACUGCCCUGCACAGCAGCUCCUCCUACAGGGAGGCGGUGUUUAAGAUGCUCAGCAACAAGGAAUCUCUGGAUCAGAUCAUUGUGGCCACCCCAGGCCUCAGCAGUGACCCCAUUGCUCUUGGGGUUCUCCAGGACAAGGACCUCUUCUCUGUCUUUGCUGAUCCCAGCAUGCUUGAUACGUUGGUGCCUGCUCACCCGGCCCUGGUCAAUGCCAUUGUCCUGGUUCUGCACUCGGUGGCAGGCAGCACCCCGCUUCCGGGGGCCGACUCCUCUUCCCGGGGCAUGCCUUCCAGCUCGUACCGGGACAUGCCAGGUGGCUUCCUGUUUGAAGGGCUCUCUGAUGAUGAGGAUGACUUUCACCCAAGUGCCCGGUCCACGCCCUCGAGCAGCACACCCAGCUCCCGCCCGGCUUCCCUGGGGUACAGCGGAGCUGCCGGGCCCCGGCCCAUCACCCAGAGCGAGCUGGCCACUGCCCUGGCCCUGGCCAGCACUCCGGAGAGCAGCUCUCACACGCCAACUCCUGGCACCCAGGGCCAUUCCUCAGGGACCUCCCCUAUGUCCUCCAGCGUCCAGUCAGGGACGCCCAUCACCAACGAUCUCUUCAGCCAAGCCCUACAGCAUGCCCUGCAGGCCUCCGGGCAGCCCAGCCUUCAGAGCCAGUGGCAGCCCCAGCUGCAGCAGCUGCGUGACAUGGGCAUCCAGGAUGAUGAGCUGAGCCUGCGGGCCCUGCAGGCCACCGGGGGGGACAUCCAAGCAGCCCUGGAGCUCAUCUUUGCCGGAGGAGCCCCAUGAACUCCCUGCCCCUCCUGAGCCCCCAGCAAGCUGCCAAGCUGGCUGCCCAUGGGAAGCACUCUUGAAGGUGCCCCAUCUCUCCUCUCCCCAAUACACCUGAUGGUCAACCUUC